CAUGUUUUGUUUAUUUUGACUAUUCGCGUCUGUGAGCUCGCAGAGAAAACAUUAUUUGUGAACGAAAGUAUUCACGUUUCGUUUCCUGAUCUGUCCGGUCUGUGCCAGUUUAAACGAUUAUUGUGUUGUAUCAGAUUUAAGAACAUUCAAUAGUACAAUGAAGAUAUUUACAUUUAAAUCUUUCCUGUGCUGCAUGACGCUUGAAACUGGAGGUUAUGUAAUCAGUUCAAUCCAUUUGAUCAUACAAGCACUGAUUUUGCUCUUCGGCAUCGCUUUCCUAAGCAUCUACGACUGUAGUGACUUCGAAGAAAUGGUCAAUGUUGCAGAAGGGAGGAUAUGCAUGUUCAAUCGAGAUUUCGUCGCUUUUAAUUUGCUGCUGGUGACAUUUUCGUUAUCAUUUGCCAUAUUACCUUAUUGGUGCAUUAAAGCCAUAAAAAAUAGAAACUUCAACGAUGUCAAGCCUUUUAUGUGGUUUUUGGUGGUGGUUGCCAUUUGUUCCUUUUACGAUCUUGCAUUUCUCACACUGGAAGGACUUGCUUUAGCAUUAAUUAAGGGUUCCAUAAAUGUGUACUUUUUUUACGUUAUUUUCUCCCUUCACAUUAUGCUGAGAGACGGUCCGAAGCGAAAACAUACGCUACUGGACGAACCACCGGCUGGUUUAAAGAAAAAUGCAAAAUUAAACGUUUAAAGAAAUAAAAUCCUAUUCC